GGUGUGUGUGGGUGGGGGUGUGGGUGUGGGUGUGGGUGUGGGGGUGUGGGUGUGGGUGGAUGUGGCUGUGGGGUGUGGGUGGAUGUGGGUGCGGGUGUGGUUCUAGUGCUUCUCUUAUCGGACACCCACACCCACACCUAAUAUGGACGUACUUGACAAAUCUCAUACCUAGCAAUAUAUAGAUCUCAAAUAGUGAUAGGUCGGUAGCGUUAUAUACGAGGCACAACUGGUAAAAAAAUCACAUGCUUCUGAAGAGUGGUUGAAAUUAUAUGAACAAAUAAGUGUUGGGGUACCAUGCUGGUUGAUCACGCCCAUAUAUAUAUAAGAUGGAAAUCUAAGUGCGAUGCUAUACUUUUUGACACUCUGUAGUGAAAAACUCUAAUGUCCAACAAAAAACGUCAGAGAACAAGAAGCAAUGAAGUGUAAAUUGUAUUGAUUAUUGUUAUUCUUCGAUAUUUAAUUGAAGCUUAAACACAACUUAAAUUACAAAAUUUGAACAAUCACUGAAGGAAUUAGUAGUAAUGUGUUUUCGUUACUUUGGUUUUUAUCAAAUAUAUAAAAUGUUUUACUUUUUAAAUCAACGUUUUAAUCAACUAUUUAAUUGAAUAUAUAACAAAAAUUCACAUUGACUUAUAUUCAGUAUCAUCUGAAAAAUUUUUAACAUUUUGUUUUGCCUUACAUCAAUUAACAAUAAUAAGUCAAAAUUAUUCAUUAUCGAUUGCAACUCUUGACAAAUAUAAAUAUAAUUUAAUAUUUUACGAUGAUUUAUUUAAAGAGAAACUUUCUAAAGUAAAAUCAUCAACAUUAUCAAGUAUAGAUGCUAGAACUAUCUAUUCUAUAAUAUUUGAUGAAACAAUACAAUUGUAUCAAACCUUAGAACCAUUAAGUUUACAGAAUAAAAGUUGGUGA